GGGCGCGGCGGCGACGGCGGCGACGGCAUAGUCGCGAGACUGGUGCACUGGUAGCUCUCAGAAGAGGGAACCGAUUGCCGACAUAGCACCUUCUUUGAGAGGUCAAUGCUGAAUCUUCAUGCUGUACACAGAGGUAACACGGAUCUAUCAAGUGUGUGCAGAGACUGUUUCCAGCUCUGUGAUUCCAUUGAGUCCAUCGUUUGUGAUUCCGAAGAGAAAGAUUAAGAGAGGCAGAGACUAAAUGGAUCUUAAGACAGCAGUAUUCAAUGCAGCUCGUGAUGGCAAGCUGCGGCUCCUCACCAAGUUGCUGGCAAAUAAAGCAAAAGAAGAGGUAGCCUUGCUGAUGUCAGAAAAAACAAAUGGUGCCACACCCCUUCUAAUGGCAGCCCGCUAUGGACAUCUUGACAUGGUGGAAUAUCUGUUGGAACAUUGUAGUGCUUCUAUAGAAAUUGGUGGCUCAGUGAAUUUCGAUGGUGAGACUAUUGAGGGUGCACCACCAUUAUGGGCCGCAUCGGCUGCCGGUCAUUUGAAGGUGGUCCAGUCUUUGUUAAAUCACGGUGCAUCUGUCAACAAUACCACUCUGACAAACUCAACACCGCUUAGAGCUGCCUGCUUUGAUGGCCACCUGGAAAUUGUGAAGUACCUUGUGGAGCACAAAGCUGACUUGGAAGUAUCAAAUCGUCACGGGCAUACAUGCCUUAUGAUAUCUUGUUACAAAGGCCACAAAGAAAUUGCUCAGUAUUUGCUUGAAAAAGGGGCUGAUGUAAAUAGAAAAAGUGUCAAAGGAAACACAGCUUUGCAUGACUGUGCAGAAUCUGGUAGCUUGGAAAUCAUGAAGAUGCUUCUCAAGUAUUGUGCAAAGAUGGAAAAAGAUGGCUAUGGAAUGACUCCACUUCUCUCGGCUAGCGUUACAGGCCACACAAACAUAGUUGACUUUUUGACCCAGCAUGUUGAGACAAGUAAAGUGGAACGUAUCAAUGCACUGGAACUUCUAGGAGCCACAUUUGUGGACAAAAAGAGAGAUUUGCUUGGUGCUUUGAAAUACUGGAAAAGAGCUAUGGAUAUGAGGUACAGUGAUAGGACUAAUAUCCUAAGCAAACCUGUACCUCAAACAUUAAUAAUGGCCUAUGAUUAUGCCAAGGAGGUAAAUAGUGCUGAAGAGCUGGAAAACCUCAUUGCAGACCCUGAUGAGAUGAGAAUGCAAGCGCUGUUAAUUAGAGAACGUAUUCUGGGGCCUUCUCACCCAGAUACAUCCUACUAUAUUCGGUACAGAGGUGCUGUCUAUGCAGAUUCUGGAAACUUCAAACGAUGCAUCAACUUGUGGAAGUAUGCUUUAGAUAUGCAGCAGAGCAAUUUGGACCCACUGAGUCCUAUGACUGCUAGCAGUCUUCUCUCAUUUGCUGAACUUUUCUCUUUCAUGUUACAGGACAGGGCAAAAGGCCUGCUUGGCACAACUGUUACAUUUGAUGAUCUUAUGGGUAUACUGUGCAAAAGUGUCCUCGAAAUAGAGCGUGCCAUCAAACAAACUCAAUGUCCGCCUGACCAAAUACAGCUCAACAAAGCCCUUUCCAUCAUUUUGCAUCUAAUUUGCUUGCUGGAAAAAGUUCCCUGUAAUCCUGAACAGGAUCAUUUUAAGAAACAGACUAUAUACAAAUUUCUUAAGCUACAUCCUAGAGGAAAGAAUAACUUUAGCCCGCUUCACCUUUCUGUUGACAAGAAUACCACAUGUGUGGGACGCUACCCAGUUUGUAAAUUUCCCUCUUUGCAAGUUACUGCUAUACUAGUGGAAUGUGGUGCUGAUGUAAAUGCUAGAGACUCUGAUGACAACAGUCCUUUACACAUAUCUGCACUGAAUAACCACCCUGAUAUCAUGAAUCUUCUUAUCAAGUCAGGUUCACAUUUUGAUGCCACAAACUUGCAUAAACAAACUGCUAUUGACUUGCUGGAUGAGAAGGAAAUGGCAAAGAACUUGAUCCAACCUAUCAACCAUACUACACUGCAGUGUCUUGCUGCCCGUGUCAUUGUGAAUCAUUGCAUAGGUUACCAAGGGCACAUCCCAGAAAAGCUUGAGAACUUUGUUUUGCUCCAUAGAUGAUAGUCUGAUAUAGGCCUUUGGUACUGUGGGAACUUGAGUUAGUGACACUAAUUGUUGCUUUCUCAAGCACUGUUGUGAUAUGCCAGCGAUUCACGAUCAUUCAUUUAGCUUGGUCCAUUCUGCUCAUUGGCUAAGGCAUUACUGAAAUCAAAUUUGCAGAACUGGUUACUCAGUAUUUAAACAUACCUUAUAAUAUAAUUUGUGGAUUAUUUAGAAAUGUAAUGCUAUAUUUGAACUCACUAAAAUUGUCUGCCAACGGCUUGUCUAUUCUGGUUUAGUUUGCCUGUUGGUUGUUUGGGCCCGAGUUGAAUAAUUUUUGUGGUGUUGUCUUUCUCUUACCGGUGUGGAUCUUAUAUAGUUGGAAAGUCAUCUUUUUUUGUUCUGGCUUGAGCGUUUCUAUUCUUCUCUUUCUAAUGAGUUCAUUGCUGAACUAUAAGUUGUAUGAACUUGUUAACAUUUGCAAUUACCAUAAGUGCUUUUAUCCUCUCUAUGCACUGGCUUGAACAUGACUGUUGUGUGUUGGCAUAUUUCUAUGCAGCGGUUGGCCAUUUUCAGCUCUGACCUGUUUCUUGCAGUUUUCUUAGAGCUUUGAAAAUAUACUCUUUACAGCAUGACAAUUUUUGAAGAUACCAGUCAGCUGUCCAAAUUCUCACUUUUUGCCCCAAGCUGUUUCUAUAGUUGCUUUCUAUUUUUUUAUAUAUAUAGCUGUGUGUUGAAUUUGGGAGUAAAAUGUGUUUUUGUUGGCAAACCCAUUUUAAAUUAAGUCUGAAAGUCAUUUUACUGUGUCUUGCAGUAAGGGAAGAGGUUAAUGAAUUGCCAUCUUUGACUCUGCACUAAUGUCUUGCUUGAGCUGAUUAUGUGACCGGGCAUAGAGAGUUUCUUCAAAUUUAACCUGAAACUUAAUCAUACUGUUCAGUGAGAACUAGAUCAAACAUAGUUUGAAAUUACAACUCUACAUUUCUUAGCUACAAAAUGAAACUAAAGCAUGUUGGCAUGAUGCUUGUCAGUCCAGACCUAGCCAUCUACUAAUAUAACUAUAUGGUUGUAAUCAGUAGGCUUCUGCAGGGGCUUUGGAAGUUCAGAAGUAGUAUCCCCAACUCUUCGUUUUAAAAUAACUCUUAUGGAUAAUUUGCAUGCAUUUUAUUCUCUAAUACCUUUCAGCCAUAUUAAUGGAAACAUCAGAGGCCAUGUUGAGGCUACGUACACCACUGAAAGCUAUCUAUUUUUAUAAUACUUGCACAACAGCUUAGCUAUUGCAGCAGAAAGGGCUUUUUAGACUUGAUAAGGAAACCAUAAGUGAAGACUACAAAUGAGAUUAAGAUUCAGGUAACAUAAUUCAGCACUUUAUUGUUGAUUCAUAAUGAGACUUAUUAUGGCAUAUUAGA